GUUCUCUUCUUCUUCUUCUUUCUUUCGUUCGUUCGUCUUGGUUCCCGGUGAAACCACACCCACAUUAGCUGCAGGCUCUGCGGUGGUGGCGGCGGAGGAGGUCGCUCCGUGACGCCGUGACGCAGCAGCCAGCCAGCCAGCCAGCAGCUAAAGGCGACGAUACGUCGCCCGUUUCCGUUCAGUUGGCGUCCGACUCGCCGUGAAUCCACAACAAUUCCUCCGUCCGCAAUUUGUUUUGUUCUCUCUUGUUUUCCGACUAUCCGCUGGACCGUAUUUUGUUCAUUCAUCCGUCGAGCCCAAGAUGCCGCAUAGUGAAAGUGCAUUCCACAGUGACGGUGAAUGACACAUUGUUCUCCGUCUCUUCAUUCAUUCGAAUUGAAACAAUCUGACUAUCCUUCCGCAAUUCCACCUGCUUCUUCUCUUUGACUGUUAUUCCGCAUUGUUCGGAAGACGAUGGACCCUUAGACAAAUUUCGUUUGAAAUCGGGGCGGAUAUGGACUGAAGUUUUUCUUGUCAUUUUUUCCCUAUUAUUGAACUUUCUCACGUUUUCGGCAGUCGGCGAGUCUUCAGUGUUCACAUCCGCAGUGAAAUAAUUGUCCCCCGUGUGUGUGUUUGUGUGUGUCACCUUGGACCAACUGGCGGAAAAGAAACAAACAAAGUCAUUAAGGUUUAAGUUUUGACAAGAAAAAAAAACCUUUUUUUGUUUUAUUUUUGAAUUUUGGCGCGUCAAAUUCGUUUUGAUUUGAAAAAAUAAAGAAGAGCGACUCACGCGAUCGCACGAUGGAAACGAUCGAUUUCGGAUGUCAGGUGAGGUGUCUCAACCGGCAGCGGUUGAUUCCCGGCUCGACGCAUCCGCAAUUGAACCAAUGCGCCUCGCAAUUUUUGGCCAAAGUCAGGAAGGAAGUGAUGACUUCCGAUUCGCCCGCCAGCACUAGCAAAUUGCCGGAAGUCGGCUGGAUGAAACUCAAACUGAGCGAAAGGGGCUUGCGCAUUCUUCCGCCGCCCACUUCCUCCAUGUCUUCCUCCUCCUCGUCUUGCGCCUCCUCGACGACGUCGUCGACGACGUCCGGAAUGCGGAAUCUCUCGCUGCAGCAGAAGAGCCGCAAGAGCGACGAAGGAUUCGAAUCGGACAGCGACACGUCGAUCCAGCCACACAACAAUUCCGGCGGAAGCAGCAGCGGAGUCAACAGCAGCAGCUCGGAUAUCGACGAAGCGGAUGAGGUCAUCCGCAACAAGAAAAUCACCGUCAACGUCAAUGGCGGCGAUUCAUCCGAUUCCGACUGCCCGGCCGAGCGGAUGAAUGUCCUUUUGACGGUUCCCAUCCGCUGCGCCCUGUCGGACAUCCUUUCGUGCCAACAUCCGCCCGCACUGGGCCGCCAUGUGGUCCUAUUGACACUCCGCUCGGCAGAUGACAGCGCCCUGGAUAUCCUGGCCCUGGAAUGCAGCGCUGAAGAGCCGGCCCGGAUUCUGACGAUGCUCUGCCAGAAAAUCCAGGCCAGUGGUACGGGUGGCGGCGGUGGCGGUGGCUCUGUCAAUGCUGGCACUAAUCAUCCGGCGCCGUCUGCUGCUCCGCCGACAUGCGCAGUUGUGACGGGCGACCCUGGAACAACAUCGGCCGGGAAAAAGAGCGUCCCACAAGCGUCAGCUGUCGGCAGUAAUGGCCCAGUCGCGGCCAAGACAGCGGCCGUGUCGAUCCAGUCGUGGUCGGACCGGGACCGUGACAAGCGGACGCUGGAUGCCAUCCUGGUGGAUUCGAAGCAUUCGUCGGCGUCGGACAUUGGCGUCGGCCCAGUCAAGGCCCAGAACAUUAUCCGCAAGUUGGAGCGUCAGCAUUCCGAAUGGAGUUUGAUCCAGCGUCGCACCCACGACGGAUUGACCCACCUGCAAAUCUCGAAACAACAAAAGUCGUCGUCAACUUUCCUAAAUCACACGGGCGUCGCCGGUGGCGGUGACGUCGGCGCCGGUGGUAUCCGUGGCCAAUCCAACGCCUCGGUGCAAACCGCAACAUCCGGCGGAAUGUUGAACAACAACAGCAGCAGCAGCAACAGUAAGAAGGGCAUGCCUUACGGCGGCCAGUUGGCCCGCCUAGAAACGGCCCUGGCCAUCACCAACAGUCAUCAGGGACAAGGCAGUCGCAGUAGUGGCGUCGGUGGCGUCGCCGCCGGAUUGAAACGAUCCGAAACGACAACGACGACGGCCAUGCAUCAAAAACUGUCAAAGAGCAAAUCUUCCAGCUCAUCCGUGGCUUCCGGCUCUUCCCCCUCGCCGCCCUCGUGCAUUUUGAGUCUGCAAACGCCGGAAUUGCCCAUGGGGCCGUCCGUCACCGGAUUGUCGCCGGCCGAGGUGAGCGACGCCUCGACUUCGACGUCGCAAUCUCCGACCCCGCCCCUGCCGCAAUCCCAUCCGCCCACGAAAACAUCCCGCUGGUCGUUUGGUGCUCCGUUCCGGCAACAACCACAACAACAACAACCUCAGCGUCUUCAUUCUCCGGAAGCGUCUCGACGGAAUACGAAAUCCAAUCAACGGGGCAGGUCGUCCGAGCGCAAGUCGUCGAAAUUCGACGCUCUGUCCACUUCUAGCGCUCCGCAGACGGGCAAAUCCUCUGAACUCAACGGCCUGUUCGUUUCCUCCAGCGGAAUGUUGAGCAUCAAAUCCAACAACAACAACAACAGUAAAAAGAAUUCAAAAUCGUCGAAAAGUCUGCCGGAAAUCCUUCCGGUUCAAUCGCCAAUUGUGGCACCUAAAAUCAAACGGGAUCCUUCCAAGACGAGAUCCUUCCUGAUGAAAUUGACGUCGUCUUCCAGGAAAUCUCCCACUCCGCCCACACCUCCUCAUCCGCCGUCCAGCACCUUGUCGCUCAACAGCGACAACUUGGGCAAAGAUCCGGAGUCGAUCCAUCGGUCGCAGCAUCCGCUGAAACUGCAGUCGCGAGGCCGGUCGUUGAUCCGACUCCGUUCGUCGACCCGACUCCAAUCGCCUCCGCCGCCCGGUCACAGCGGCGGCCAGACGUUUCUCAUACCCACCAAAUCGGGACAGGAAUUGACGCGCAACAUUUACCCGAAAGAAGGUCCGGUCACUCAGUCGUCAUCCCAGCAACAACAACAACAACAACAGGCACUACACCAACCCGUUUUCCACCUGUUGACGGGCCACAAUAACAAGAACCCUUCCGGCCGGCUCCGCUACAGCAACGGUCCGCCGCCAGUAGCGGCCAUGUCCAACGGUUGGGCCGGUUAUUGUUGGAACGAAGCGGCGGCGGCAGCUGGUGCACUCGUCCGUCAUCCAAUUCCGCAAUAUCCGACAUCGAUGGACGCUAAUAACAACCAACACCUCCAUCAACAACAACAGCAACAGCAGCAACAACAACAACAACAGCAAUGGAUUUAUUUCCAUCCGCAUCCCGUCCAUCAUCCGGCGCCACCCCCUCAACCGCCACCCACUUUGAUCAAGGCGGGAGAUUUCAAUAAAUUGCGGCUCCAGCGAUCCAGGAGUCAAAGCCCCGGACGGAUGAGAAGUAGUCAAAGGUGGUUACCUCCUCCGCCUCCACCUCCGCCAGCUGGUCCGCCAUCCAUCGGCCACUAUUACGCCUUGCCGUCACCCAUCCACCAACAGCCGGUGUCUCUUCCGCCGGACAUGUCCCACAUGUUGUCGCAACAACAACAACAGCACCGAUCGUCCGCUCAGACGUCGUCGCCUUCGUCCACUUCGAAUUCUUCCAACCAGGACCUGCUGUCGGCGGCGGCCAGAUCUUUCAGACGUUCCAAAUCCACCCACACGCGGAUGUCGAGCCGCAGCCACUUGGCACCGUCCAAAUCGAGCAGCCAAAACAACAGCAACAACAACAAGGCCGUGACGUUUCACGCCUUCGCUACCGUCCAGUUGGUCGAUUAAAACAAAUCACCCUCCCCCCCCCCCUUGAUUAAACCAUUUUUCUUUUACCAAAUUACCUAAUUAAAAAAGGGAAUCAUCUUUCGUUUUUGUUUAGAACACACAACAACAUGUCUGUGAUGAUGUUUGAUCAUUUUUUUUUUAAUAUUUUUAUUAUUUCGGUUGUUACAUAAUUUGGUGAUUUGAUGAUUGUGUAUAGACAAAUAUAUCAAAGCGCUCGGAUAAAAACAAGACAAAAAGGAA